CUCCGAGGGUGAAGCGGUCGGUCCUCCAGCGGAGCGCCACAGUGCGGCUGGCGGGCGUGCAGAGGCUCCCGCAGUUUAUAUGAGGAGGAGGCGCGGGCAGGAAGGCGUUUUGUUGGAGGAUCUGGUCUAACCUCGGAUAGAAUCUACAGCUACAAUGCCAACCACAAAAGAAACCCCGCACGAAAUGGGCACUGCUUUCAUUCAGCACCAGCAGCUGGAUGCUGCCAUGGCUGACACUUUCCUGGAGCACCUGUGUCUGUUAGACAUCGAUUCUGAAGCAACAAUUGCACGGAACACUGGCAUUAUAUGUACCAUCGGGCCUGCUUCCAGAUCUGUUGACACGCUGAAGGAGAUGAUCAAAGCUGGGAUGAAUGUGGCACGCAUGAAUUUCUCUCAUGGGACGCACGAGUACCAUGCAGAAACCAUCAAGAAUGUCCGUGAGGCUACGGAAAGUUUUGCUGGGAACCCGAUCAGCUACAGACCAAUUGCUGUUGCCCUGGACACAAAGGGACCUGAAAUCCGCACUGGACUUAUCAAGGGAAGUGGCACUGCUGAAGUUGAACUGAAGAGAGGAGCGAAACUGAAAAUCACGUUAGAUGAUGCGUAUAAAGAGAAAUGUGAUGAACAUACACUGUGGUUAGACUACAAGAAUCUGAUUAAGGUGGUUGAAGUUGGUAGCAAAAUCUACGUGGAUGAUGGCUUAAUUGCUCUCCGUGUACUGCAGAAAGGUGCAGACUUCUGUAACACUGAGAUCGAGAAUGGAGGUUUCCUGGGCAGUAAGAAGGGUGUGAACCUGCCAGGAGCGGCUGUUGACCUUCCAGCAGUCUCUGAGAAAGAUAUCUCUGACCUGAAGUUUGGUGUAGAGCAAGGUGUAGACAUGGUGUUUGCUUCAUUCAUACGCAAGGGUGCUGAUGUCCAAGCUGUCCGGCAAGUGCUUGGUGAAAAAGGAAAACACAUCAAAAUUAUUAGCAAAAUUGAGAACCAUGAGGGAGUUCGCCGGUUUGAUGAAGUCCUGGAGGCUAGUGAUGGCAUUAUGGUUGCUCGUGGAGACCUGGGUAUUGAAAUUCCUGGUGAGAAAGUUUUCCUUGCUCAGAAGAUGAUGAUUGGACGCUGCAACAGAGCUGGCAAACCUAUCAUCUGUGCUACUCAGAUGUUGGAGAGCAUGAUCAAGAAACCCAGACCCACCCGAGCUGAGAGCAGUGAUGUAGCUAAUGCUGUACUAGAUGGUGCUGACUGUAUCAUGCUGUCUGGAGAGACUGCAAAAGGAGACUAUCCCCUUGAGGCUGUGAAAAUGCAGCAUCUGAUUGCUCGUGAAGCUGAGGCUGCCAUGUACCACAGGCAGCUAUUCGAAGAGCUGCGUCGUCUAGCACCCCUCUCCCGAGAUCCAUCAGAAGUAGCAGCCAUUGGUGCCGUGGAGGCCUCUUUCAAGUGCUGUGCUGCAGCUGUGAUAGUGCUGACUAAGUCUGGAAGGUCUGCACACCUGGUGUCCAGAUACCGCCCACGAGCACCUAUCAUUGCUGUAACCCGUGAGGCUCAGACUGCACGCCAGGCCCACCUUUACCGUGGUGUUUUCCCUGUCAUCUUCAAACCACCAGCUGAUGCAGUGUGGUCUGAUGAUGUUGACCACAGGGUGAAUUUUGCCAUGGAAGUUGGCAAGACUCGUGGUUUCUUCAAGACCUGCGACCUGGUGAUUGUGCUGACAGGCUGGCGCCCAGGAUCUGGUUCCACCAACACCAUGCGUGUGCUGCAAGUGCCCUGAAAAGAUAGGAACUCCUUUUGAUGUCCACUGCAGUACCACCACCUCCUCCCUUUAGGCAGCUACAGCUUUUAUGUACUGCAGAGCAGCUGCCAGCUGCUAACCUAUGAGCACCUCCACUUAAGCAAAUAAAAGAAUGCUGUAUUCUUGGCCGUAACAAUCCAGCUCCUUACCAAGUUUCUCUGUACUGCACCUGACUGUCUGGUGUAAGACUAUUAUAUAAAUGUUUCAGUCAGUGUACUGUGUGUACUAAGUGCACCAUACCUCCACAAACCCUUAUUUAUAUUUUUGUGGUUGAGACCUAUAUGAAAAAAAAUUAGUACCCAAUAAUGCAACCUGAUAUUAAUCAGAUGGGGUUUGGUUACAUUAGUUGUGCGUUAUUCAGAGACUGUACGAUUCUGUUUAAAUUCAGCGAUUUGCAGUUUGAGGUUAGACCAGAUGUUUCACUUGGUACAACACGCUUUUGUGACUAUAAGAGUAAAAUGCGGUUUAAUUGUUGCACAUUGGUGGAUAUCAAUAAAAGCUAGCUCCCACAA